GCCGAGCUAUCAAAACGUUAAGACGCGCUUUUUUCGAGCAUUUUUGUGCACCUUAGUUGUUAUCAAAAGAAGGAUAAACGAGAGAACGUAGUAAAGAAAUGGAAGUUCAUGAGACUUAUCAGAAUAAAAAGUGAAAUAUAAUAGAGAAAUAAUUUAAUUAGCAAUCCAAGCCCUAAUUAACAGUAUAUUUCAAUUAAAAAACAAAAACACUGUUUUUAAUUCAAACACUAACGCUCUGUGCAAGAGCUGGCAACCCUGCUGGCCGCUCUCUCGCGCGCUCACUGCUCUCAUUUGGUGUUGCGAAAUGCCGCUCGUUCAGUGUUGCUCAACUCGCGACCGCCGUCUGAUUUUUUAGCUGCUAAAAAUGUUUUGUGUGUGUUUGUUUUAUGUUUCGGUUGUUUAAGACGCGCAAAACAAAUGCCUAAACUAAAUGAAAAUGAAGUGAUAAACUGAGCUAAAUGUGUGUGCGCGAUGCAUUUCCUCGCCAAAAACGAGGAUCGAACCCUGCCGCCCUUCGACCGCCAGUACCCCCCCGCAAAUCGUUAAACGCGCCAGGAAAUGAGAAAUCAUAAAAGAUUAUGAACGAAUAAGGUGUAUUACUAAUAUAUAUAUACAUGUGUUUCUUGCCGCCGUGCAAUGUGUGUAUGUAUGUAAUAAAUAACAACAAGUUCUGGCAAUGUUCGAUUAUCUCUUCAGAAUGCAAUCAGCGGCCAAAUAAAUAGUAAAAAGAAAAACAAAAAAAAAACGAAAAUGCGCGACAACUAGUGUAAAUUUGUGUUGUUGUUGUUGUCGUUGCCGUCGGUACCCCCGCCUCUCCCGCACACAAACACACGCACGCACGCUCUCCCAAUCAUAAACACACACACAAACAGCCUCCCAAUAAAAAAGAUUUCCAAAAUAAAAGAAUAAUUAUUAAAUACAAAUAAUAACUGAAAUUAUUGGGGACAUCAAAUUAAAAGAAUUAAAUAAAUAGGCAAAAUUAUUGAGGAUUCAAAGGCUUUGGAUCUAUUAAAACCACAAAAUGCAGGCCAAAAAACGUUACAUUUUGGUCUUUGUAUCCUGCGCUUUUUUGGCCUACGCCUAUUUCGGUGGAUAUCGCCUGAAAGUAUCGCCUCUGAGACCCCGUAGAGCCCAGCAUGAAUCGGCCAAAGAUGGUGGUGUCCAACCCCACGAGCAAUUACCUAGUUUUAUCGGCUCCCACGAUGUGCAAGAACUUAAAAUUCUGCAAAGUAAUUUAUCAAAAAGUUCGGAUAUUGUGAAAAAUCAGAUCGUUCGUAAACCUGACUGCCGCAUGGAGACCUGUUUCGAUUUUACUCGUUGUUAUGAUCGCUUUUUGGUCUAUAUCUAUCCACCGGAACCCCUUAACUCACUGGGCGCUGCCCCACCCACAUCGGCCAAUUACCAAAAGAUACUCACUGCCAUUCAGGAAUCAAGAUAUCAUACAAACGAUCCAACGGCCGCCUGUCUGUUUGUACUUGGUAUUGAUACCUUGGAUCGGGACUCACUGUCCGAGGAUUAUGUACGUAAUGUGCCAUCAAGAUUGGCCAGAUUGCCAUAUUGGAAUAAUGGCAGAAAUCACAUCAUCUUUAAUCUUUACUCGGGCACUUGGCCGGAUUAUGCGGAAAACUCUUUGGGUUUCGAUGCGGGUGAGGCCAUUUUAGCCAAGGCCAGCAUGGGAGUACUGCAACUGCGGCAUGGAUUCGACGUCAGUAUCCCGCUCUUCCACAAACAAUUCCCGCUGAGAGCAGGCGCCACGGGCUCCGUGCAGUCCAACAAUUUUCCAGCCAACAAGAAGUAUCUGCUGGCUUUCAAGGGCAAGCGCUACGUGCACGGCAUUGGCUCGGAGACCCGCAACUCGCUCUUCCAUUUGCACAACGGACGCGACAUGGUCCUGGUCACCACCUGUCGCCAUGGGAAGAGUUGGCGGGAGCUGCAGGAUAAUCGCUGCGACGAGGAUAACCGCGAGUACGAUAGGUACGACUACGAGACCUUACUGCAAAAUUCCACUUUUUGCCUGGUGCCGCGCGGACGUCGUUUGGGUUCCUUUAGAUUCCUUGAAGCCUUGCAGGCUGGUUGCAUUCCCGUACUAUUGUCCAAUGCCUGGGUGUUGCCGUUUGAAUCGAAAAUCGAUUGGAAGCAGGCCGCCAUUUGGGCCGAUGAGCGCCUCCUCCUGCAGGUGCCCGAUAUUGUGCGCUCCAUAUCUGCGGAACGCAUCUUCGCCCUACGCCAGCAGACUCAGGUCCUGUGGGAACGCUACUUUGGCUCCAUCGAGAAAAUCGUCUUCACAACAUUCGAGAUCAUACGCGAACGGUUGCCGGAUUAUCCGGUGCGGAGCAGUCUGGUGUGGAACAGCUCGCCUGGAGCCCUGCUCACGUUGCCCACCUUUGCCGACAGUUCAAGGUAUAUGCCAUUUCUACUGAACUCAAUGGGCGCCGAGCCGCGUCACAACUACACGGCGGUUAUCUACGUGCAGAUUGGCGCCGCCCUGGGUCCCAAUGCAGCGCUCUACAAGCUAGUCAAGACCAUCACGAAGAGCCAGUUCGUGGAAAGGAUCCUUGUCCUUUGGGCAGCUGAUCGACCAUUGCCGUUGAAGAAACGUUGGCCUCCCACCAACCAUAUACCCUUGCACGUUAUUUCCUUGGGGGGCAGCACUAGAAGUCUGGGAGCUGGACCCACAAGCCAGACGACUGAGGGACGACCGAGCAUAUCACAACGAUUCCUGCCCUACGAAGAGAUUCAAACGGAUGCUGUCCUGUCCCUGGAUGAAGAUGCCAUACUCAAUACAGAUGAACUGGACUUUGCCUAUACGGUGUGGAGGGAUUUUCCUGAACGCAUCGUUGGCUAUCCGGCAAGAGCACACUUCUGGGAUGAUUCCAAGAAUGCCUGGGGUUAUACGUCCAAGUGGACAAACUACUAUUCGAUUGUGCUAACUGGGGCGGCCUUCUACCACCGCUACUAUAACUAUUUGUACACCAAUUGGCUGUCGUUGCUGCUACUUAAGACUGUACAGCAGUCCUCCAACUGCGAGGACAUCCUAAUGAACCUGCUGGUCUCGCACGUGACCAGGAAGCCGCCGAUCAAAGUGACGCAGCGCAAGGGCUACAAGGAUCGCGAAACGGGUCGUUCGCCCUGGAAUGAUCCUGAUCACUUCAUUCAGCGCCAGAGCUGCCUGAAUACCUUUGCGGCGGUGUUUGGCUAUAUGCCGCUGAUACGUUCCAAUUUGCGCAUGGAUCCCAUGCUGUAUCGUGAUCCAGUUUCCAAUUUGCGCAAGAAAUAUCGCCAGAUCGAGUUGGUCGGCAGCUAGCGAUAUGUGCAUCCUGGCAAUAGCUACAAGCGUUAAGAGUACUGAAUACAUAUACAUCAUACAACCACAAUCACAGCCACAGUAAUACCAAUACAAAACCGAACACAAACACACACAUAAGUUUAGAUGAAAUGCUGUUUUUUGACGCUGGCCAAGCGAUGAGCAAGAACUAUGUUAAUUAUUAUUAGUAGCGAAAAAAUGAAAAAGGAAAGAGAAGAAAGGAACUUAGUUAGUUAGGAGCCAAUAUGGGGCGUAAUGUAAAUGUAUAUGUAUGUGUACAUCGAUGUAAGCAUCCUGGCAUCCUUUUGCAAUUAUAUAUGCAAUGUGUAUAUAUAUUUAGACUCUAAAUACAAUUAUGUGAAUUAGCCUAGUUAACUGCAAGCGAAGCGAACGAUUUUGCCAUCUUUUUUGCUAAUUUCAAAUUAGCUGCGCUUAGCAAAUUUUCUAUAUGCAAAAUGGAUAUAUAUAUAUAUAUGUAUGUAUAGGAUAUAUAAGUAGCCGAUUUUUUGUACUGUGUGAGUUGAGUUUUUGUAUGUGUAAAUGUUUGUAUGUCCUUGUUGUAAACUCUCCGUGUAUAGUUAGUGAUUUAUCAAUGGUAAAUGUUUGUGUGUUUGUGUAUGUGUGUGUGUGUGUGUGUGUGUGUGGACAGGACAAAGUCGUCUCCUUUUCAGUUUCGAAUACCAACUUGAGGCUACUCGAAUUCCGUAUGUAAAAAUCAUCUGAUUAUCCGUGACCAUUAUGGAACUGUCUACAGCAACAGCAACUAGAACCGGGGGAUGAGCUCCUUUCAGGACAUUCAGCAAUAUAUAUGCACAAAAUCCGUUCAAAAGGAGAAGCAAUUAACUAAUGCUAAGUUUAAAGUUUAAGUAGCUUUCCAUUUUCAAUUUGUUAUGUGCAAUUUUUUUUUAUUGAUUUGGACAACUCAGCUUUUAUUUCUUAACGUGGCCAUUUACUGAAGUACGUAACUCAAUUAACAUAUUAUGUAUGCAAUUAACUUUUUAAUCACACACACGCAUAUCAAAAAGUGGGGCUCCUUGUCAGUGGGAGCAUUUUUUAGUUUAAGUAACAAACUUCUAUACGUAUAUACUAUAGCUAAAGUAUAUUUCUAUAACUAUUUUUUACAACAAAUAUACACGAUUGCAGAUACAA